AUGAAUUUCCCAGCUUCCCUGAGCCUGCUGGCCCUGGUACUGCAAGAGGCAGGGCCAGCUUUUUGCCCAAAGAAGAAAAAGAAGAGGAGCAAAGAGCAGCUACACAGGGAAGGAGGUUCUAACGCAGUUCUGCGUCUGGGAAAUUAUUCCCUGAACAUGGAUAACUAUAAUGAGGUCAUUGACCUGAGCAACUGUGAGGAGCUCACAGACUGUGGGGACCAGGUCCCCGAGGUUAAAGGGACCAGCUUGGCUCCUCCAAACAGGAUCAGCUCCACUGAGAGCACUAUGGCUCUAAGGACACCCUCUUCCAACCCCACAGUGACCAGACCUACUAUGUGGGGCCUGCUGGCUUCCCUGACCAGCCACAGCCUGCCCACCUGUCUGGUCCGUGUGUACCUUGGUUCCUCUGUGUACUGCGAUAAUGCUGACUUAAAGAGAAUGCCCUGUCUUCCCCAGACAACUGCUUACCUGUAUGCCUGCUCGUCAUGCAGGGAAAAGAUGGAGUGUCCUGUGUCCCUCUGUUCUCCCUCACACCACUCGGUGAAACUGAAAAGGACUGACCUCUUCAGAAAUUUUAUUUCCUCCGUCGAUAAUUACGCCCUCCAUGUGCUGCCUGCUCUGCAGGACCUGAUUCUCCCAGGGAACCAGCUGACAGCUCCGCCCAGGCUGCGUAUGGGCAUCGAGGUCCUGGCCGUCCACCUAGAUGAGCUCCAGAGCUCGGGGAUACAGGCUGGGGCCUUCAGGCCAGCAGUUCUGGUGACCAAGGUGUAG